CAAUGACGCAAAAUUUUUUACUGUGUAUUUUCUCUUAUACAGGUAGAAAUAUUUCCAAACACUGGUUGUUAUCUUCCCAAAUCUAUUAUGACAAGUAUCGAUGUUCUCAAUUUGCAAGAAGAUGACUGGAAGAAAUAUGUCACUAAUAUUCUGGUCCAAAUGUUUGGAGACAAAUUGAAAUUCAUGUCGGUAAAAGGUUACAGGGGAAAUAUAGCUUUGCAUUCCAAAAUUCAGCGAGCCCUAUUUAAUUUAAUUAAUGAUAAAGCGGAUCCUCAAAUUUCGUUACAGGCAUUUAAUUUAGCCAUUAAUAAAGCCUGCACCAAUAGGAAGACGAGUUCGGCCAAAGUUUCAAUCAUCGUUAACCACAAAAAAGAGGACGAUGAUGAUAAAGAUGAUGAUGAUGAAGACGAACAAAAUUUCAACAGAAGUUUGACAAAUUUAAAGAAUUACGAUGACUUACCCCGAUUUGUAUCUUCAUCCCAAGUACUCUCAUCUGCUGUUUCAAGAACAUCAUCACCAGUCAUGGUUGAAGAAAAAGAAAAAAAUGAAGAAUUUUUGGAGGAUACAUAUCAAAAUGAUCGGACGAACAACUUACCACCGACUGACCUGGACAGUUCUUUACAUCUUGACCGAUCACAGGCCACAUUACUUGAUACAAACAACUCAAUGUUUCCUCCAAGUACAAAUGAAACUACUGUAGAAGUAGACAUUCCUUUAAGGAACAGCAGUCAUGAGCAAUCAACAAUUACUUUAAUAUGUUCAAAGUCAAUUGUUCAACACCAGCCAGCAGUUGAAUCAACAAUCACUCCGAUUCAUUCCAACACUCAGAGCCAAUUAAAUAAUACUCCAACAGUUUCAUCUAGCAACCGUAAUUCGUACCCUCAGCAACAUUCAACCACGAUGACAACAACCAGUGGAACUCACUCCAACGCUUACGUUCAAAGUCAACCAACAAAUAUACCAGCAACUUCUUCUUCUUACGCAAAUCCAUAUUAUCGAUCACAAUCAACAGUUACAUCAGCAACAGCUCCUACUUACCCUCAUAACGAGUUUCAGCGACAAAUAACAAAUGCACCAUCAGUUUCAUCCGCUUACGCAAAUCAAUAUUCUCAGCUAAGUUCAAUCGUUUUAUUAUUAAUUACUUUAACUAACCACAAUCCUUCAUUACAGAACCAAUUGAGCACUACAACUGUCAACUUAUAUUUAUACCCUCAACAACAGUCAACAGUUGUAUCAACAAACAGCCCAACUUAUUUGUGUUCACAUAUUCAGAACCAAUCUACUACUACACCUGCCGGAAACUCACAUUCCUUCUCUCAGAACCAGUCAAAAGAUACUUCAUCAAUCGGUGUGACUCGCUUUGAUUCUUACUAUCAGAAUAACCAACAAAUGAAUAGGCCAAACGUUCCGACUUACAAUCAUCCGUACUUUUACAACCAACCCUAACAUACUUUUGCAGGAUAUUAUGGUGGACCUAAGUGGUAUCAACCUCAACAAAGCUUUGCUCUAAGUUAUCAGCAUCAAUCCUAUCAACACCAGCAAAAUUUCAGUCAGAAUUAUAACAAUCAAUAAUCAUAAAAGAUUAUUUGAUUUGAUUUAUAACUCUAAUGAUUAUACCAUAAUUACUUAUUAACGUUGUAUCAAUUUUUGAUUU